AUGGAACAUGGGAACAGAAGUGGCACCGCAGAUGAAACUACGGUUCCUCAUUCAUAUAUUCCUUAUGGAGGAAGAAGAUCUGGGUUUUAUUCUUCCAAAGUCGUAGAUACGUUACCCUGCAUUAACGAACUGGUUCCCAUAGCAUUGGAAUCUGUAAGAUCUUACCCGGUGUGUCCUGGCUUUGUAUUUACCACAGCUGACUAUGGCUGUGCUGAUGGAGGGACCUCGAUGUCUCUUAUUUAUGCGUGUGUUGAAGAGCUCAGAAAGUUGCAUGGCAAUGAGCUGGAAAUCCUUGUUUAUUACGAGGAUCAGCCGCUUAAUGACUUCACUUCCCUUUUUUCAUACGUCCAAGGCCUUAUCUCAGGACCUCAGAGUUAUUUGACCUCAUUUCCAAACGUUUACGUGGCAGCGAGUGAGACUCAGUUUUACAAACAGUGUUUCCCUCGUGGUUCAAUACAACUCGGUUUGUUCAGCGUGGCCCUUCAUUGGCUGAGCAAAAAACCAUGCAGCGUAACUGGAGGUCUACUUUGUCUCCAGUCCCAAAACCAGGAGGAGAGGGAACUUUUUACAAGACAGGCAGCAAUGAAUUGGGAAACGUUCCUUCUGGCUAAAGCAAAGGAAUUGUCAUUAGGUAUGUGGCAGCUUAUUCAGCUGGCGUGUUUUGAAGCUGCCGCCUUGGCAGUUUUAGCUGUGGAUGACGAUGGACACUUUACUGGAGACACAAAGAACACCAAAUUCUCCUUUUCCCAAAUAAUGUACGAUGUGUGGAAGAGCUUGGCAGAGGAUUAUCUAAUCACUGAUGAGGUUAAUAAGAUCACGCUUCUUAGUUACAUGCGGACACGACAAGAGCUGCAGUCGCCAUUUAUGUCAGCGGAGAGUCCUGUGAGGAGGGUCGGACUGUCACUUGUGUUACUAGAUAUCAAAACAUUUCCUUGUCCCUAUACAAAAAUGCGCCUAGAGACUGGAGACACAGAGAAGGUUGCAAAAUCAUUAACGGAAGAAACGCGUGCUUGGGGCAACUUCACCUUCUUGUCAGGUCUCUCCGAUGAGCGAACAGUGGAAGAGAAAACCACAAUUGUCGAUGAAUUUUUCCUCCAUUUGGAAGCAGAAUUUGCAAGAGUGAUGCACGAUUACAGAUCCGAGCUUGUCGCUGCAAUCAUGAAAGUGGAAAAGAAUUGA